CAGACAGACAGGGAGAGACAGACAGACAGGGAGAGAGAGAGAGAAAGAGAAAGAGAAAGAGAAAGAGAAAUAGAAAGAGAAAAAGAGAUAAAGAGAGGAAAAAUAAUAGAAUGAAACAACGGUAUUGCAUACAAACAAACAAACAAAAUGGUGUGUGACCGAACUAAUACGCGUUCCAUACCUGUUCCUCACCAAGUCCCUGCCUGCAGUUCAUAGACUCUCGCAGUUGCCGGCAGAACUUUAUCGUGGUUGAAUCGUCAUUAAAUCAUCCACAUCUCUUCCGAUCAUUGGUUUCAGAUGACAGCGACUGUUAUUCUAAUUGUAGAAGUAUAUGUUGGUGCUAAAGAAAUUCAUUUUACUAGAAAGUGAUUUUGCAGUAUUAAGAGUCCUGCUAAAUGUUGCUUCAUCCAGUUAAACAUUCCAAUAAGAUUUGAUAAUAGCGAGUUUUCGGAAUUCAAUCAAGUGUGCUUUGGACUCUCUAUACGGUCAUUAUUUUACUGGAGAAGGAAACUCCUUUUCGAAUUCCUUGCCGUUGAGAAAUCGGUGCCUAGAUUAAGAACUGCUUGACACGUGGCGUUUCUGAUAUAAAGAUUAGCAACUAGUAAUAUCGAAAGAAAAGCAUGGCAAGUAAUUCAAGCUUGUCGCCAGACUGCCAAAGUCCUUCCUCGUCCAACAAAAGUCCACGGUUUAUCGGAAAGACACCGAAGGAUGUGAACGGUGACAUUAAAAAAUCGAAAGGCAACCACGUGCGGAGCGAAGGGUUUGCCAUCACAGAAGUACGAGGAGACUUGUUUACGUGUCCAGAUACAGCCUCGCUAGCCCAUUGUAUCUCCCAGGAUAUUCGGAUGGGGAAGGGCAUUGCAACGCUUUUCAAGGCAAAGUUCGGACGUGUUCAGGAAUUGAGUGAUCAGUGCCGCAAACCUGGAGAAGUUGCCGUCCUGAAACAUGGUCAAAGAUUUAUCUAUUACUUAGUCACUAAGGAACGAUAUUGGCACAAGCCCACAUAUUUAAGUCUUCGGUCUUCUCUACAAGCAAUGAAACGCCAUGCUCUCCAGCAUAAUGUCGCUGCCAUUGCUAUGCCUCGCAUUGGAUGUGGACUGGAUGGUCUAGUGUGGGACCGAGUCCGUGAGAUCCUUACCGAUGUAUAUAAAGAUACUGAUAUCAAGAUUUCUGUUUAUUCCAUUUGAGGCUUUCUACUUGAUAUAUACAAAGCAUAUGAAGAUGAUCAUCUGUAUAGAAAUGGUAUGAGCACGCUCAUGGCAUGUGCAUGUUAAGCCAUUGUUUCCGUAAGCCCAAGAUGGAACCUAGGGUGAUUUAUUUUAUGAUACGUAAUUGAAAGUUGCUGUCCAUGUAAACAGUAGCCAUAUAUUGUGCAGAAAAUGAGUUCUUGUCUCCAUCACAGAGAUGGCCACUAGCUGUCCCUCUUGGAAAGACCUUGAAAAUAUAAAUAGGUCUUGAAGCUAGAAUAAGGUUCAAGUGCAGCUAAUAUAUGUAGUAGAUAGGUUAUGAAAACUAAACAUUUGAUAAAAUAGAUUUUCAGUUUUAUAGGUUAGCCAUGCAAUUUUGGUGACUUGCUCAGAGAAGUCAGACAUGUUCUCAGUUAUUGAGAAUUUUAUCUAGGGUGGAAAAAACUUUUAACUAAAAUCACCCAGAUUAAAGCUGUAGAAGGAUUUUGAAAUUUUUCUUUGAUUUAGGAUGAACAGCUUGGGGCAGCAUUUGCUGUCAGUAUUUGAUAAGGAAUAUUAUUUUUCCACAGAGGUCUUCUUUCCAAGUGUUGGAAAGAUGAGUACAACUUUUAUUUUGGGUAGAAAGAGGCUGUGUAUUGCUCUUAGAAGUUGAUAAGAACUGCCAUGGUGUGUUUUUACCUGAGCCUAGAGAUAAGGACCUUCCUGGUGCUCUGCUACCUAAUACUUCGCACAUUACGCUUAACUUUCAAUUGAGAUGAUGGAGACUGACUUGUGGCAAACCAACUACUCCUUAAGAUGCUUGCAAGUGCUGGACACACACUUUUUGUACAAUGAAAUAUUUGUAUAAAGAGUCUAAGACGUGGUUUUGGCAAACUCCUUAUGGCAAGUGGAUUGAUGUCAAAAUUUUUUUUUUAAAGUUUAUAUACAGUAUGUGUUAUCAUCUUUCAUAGUAUGAUUCACAGUAAUUCGGUCUGAAUCCCAUCUGACAGAUUCUGUUAUACAGGAUUUAAUGUAUCUUGAAGGUAAAGCGAGGAAGCCAUGUUUGCAGAUUGUCAGUUUUGGGAUUAAGCAGUGUGACUGUGAUAUCACUCAAUAUAAAGGGCCAUCAUGCUUUUACAAAAGAAGAAACAACAAUAUAUCUUUGAUAUUACUCCGGUGCCAAGAAGAUUUCUUGCAAAAUAUUGUAAUUAGAUAGUUAUGUAAGUUCUAUUUAGAUGAGAACAUUGGAAUGAAAACAAUUUUCAAAAUAGUAAACUGCAAAGAUGAAAUCUUGGAAGUGAGAAUAAGAAUAAAGAAAACAAUGAAGAAGAAAAGACUAAAAUACAUUUCAAAUGUUAAAUUUCUUGCUGUUAUGCUUCAUAAUCAAAAGCUUCUUUUGUGUAUAGACAUGUUAACCAAUUUCCCUUUUUUUGAGAAAGAAAAAGAUAAUUUUAUUUACAACUCUUUAACUUAUUUAUAAAAGAACAACAACCAGCUGUUGUCACAAUAUCAUUAAAGUUCCCCAAAGUUGAGAUUAUGUAUAUUUAACCAGUGAUAUUAAUAUCCUUGUGAUGCGCUAUUAGAAGUUACCUAACUAAAUGCUGUAUUAAGUGUGACCAUUGCUAUAGAUAUUUUUAAUUGUUAUCUCAAGGUAUUAAUGUGAAAAUAUGAAUGAGCAAUUGUUUAAUGCAUGGUAAUAAUUAUAAUAUAGGUUAUGAGGAAAAGUUGAGAGCUCAAAAGAACAUAGUGAGAUGGACAUUUUUUGUAAUGGUAAGAUGCAAAGAAAUAUCUGAAAUGAAAGUGGAUGUGCGACACAUCAUGGAGAGUGAAUUGAUAUUUUUUAUUUUAACAAUUAAAUUUUUUUUGUAAAAUGAGACAUUGAAUAAAGUGAUGUUACAAAAUUA